UCAAUCCACUCAACGGAUAUCAGCUGCCAUAUAGAAACACUUCAACCCGAUCGCCCAGAUUGAGGGAAACUUGUGCGAACGUCAUUGCCAAGAGCACAACAAAGAGCUGCCAAUAUCAUCAGAGUUCUCUUGCCUCGCUCUCCGAGCACACAUUACUGGGGAUCGGGGAUUGAUUUGAAGUCGGACUCUCGGCGGUGAUGACGAUGACGCGAUGACCAUAUCAGCGCUGUGGAGGGUCGCUGGAGCGAUCUCUCAUUCAUCCAGCCAAUGUCCGCGCGUUAGGUUCGUUCCAGCCGCGAAUGGGAUUGUAAUUCCCAUCGAGUUCUUCGCCAACCACCUCCUCCAUUGGGCUUAAUCCAGAAAUUCAAAUAAGUAAUAGUGCGAAUCGGCUUUGUUAUAUAAGCACAAAUACGAAACGCAAACUUUUGAAUAUAUAUCCGCUGUACUGCCCUGCUACCGACAGUGUGUUUGUGUAUCUGUGGAAGUCCCAGUGCAUUCCGGUUUUUGGAAUAUCGUACAUAUAAACUUCGCUACGUCAGAGCUACUUGGCUUCUCACUGCUGAAAUUCCGACAUCGAAAAACCCCAAAAGACAUCAAUAAAAUAAAUAAAUAACUCUCAGUAAUUGGAUGCACACCCACAUGUUUACGCAGUUAGUGUGAUUUCAUUCGUAAUAUAAUAUCAACUCUCCCAAGCCUGGAAAGUCUGAUAACCGAGGCUUCAACCAAUUAAACAAACGCUCACUAGCCGCAAAAUGAUGCAAAUACCAGCUUGCAUUCUGAUCCUCCUGAUCCCGUUGAUCUUCAGCACAAUUGAGCCUUGCUCGUCGCAGGGUAGCGUCCCCCCGCUGUCGGUGGGAAAUCCCCUGAUAGCCUUAACUGAUCCAACAGCCUUCGAAAGGCAAACCAGUCGUGUCCAGUCAUUGCGGAGUAACUUCGACAGCGAUGUGUUGCUAAACAUCUCGCAGGGAGCCCAGGAAUUCGCCCUCGAUCUCCUGCAGCGCAUUUCCGCCGAGGUUCACAAGAAUCAAAGGGACUUUAUGGUGUCACCCUUCUCGGUUUGGUCCCUCCUGGUGCUCCUGUACGAGGGAUCAUCGGGCGAAACAUACAACCAACUGCGCAAAGCGCUGCGGAUCAAUGUCGAGGAUGAGAAGCUGCGUGGAGUCUACCGGGUGUGGAGUUCGUUAUUGAACACUAAAACAUCCACUAUUGAGGUGGCCUCUCUUCAGGCCGUUUACACCGACAAAGAUUAUCCGAUAAAGGACACCUAUCGGAAUGCCAUCCAGAAUUACAACGUUGAGCCGAUGGAAGUGGAUUUCUACGACCAGGACACAUAUCAUUUGAUCAACGAGGCCACCAACCGCACCACACGAGGCCUAAUUCCGUACACCAUCCUGCCGCAGGAUAUCUAUGGAGCCAAAAUGUUCCUACUCUCCUCCCUCUUCUUCAAAGGCCAGUGGAAGUUCCCAUUCAACCGGACUCUAACCAGAGUAGAAUCCUUCUUCAACGAAGACGGCGAGGUGGUAUCCCGCAUUCCAAUGAUGGUGCAGGAGGCUAACUUUGCCUAUGCCUCCAAUAUCGAGGGGCUCGAUGGUUACGUUCUCGAGCUGCCAUAUGGCAGCCAGGACAGGCUUUCCAUGAUCGUAAUCCUGCCCAAGCGGGGCUUUAAACUGAACGACGUGGCCAACAACCUCAAGAACAUUGGCCUGGGCCCCAUUAUAAAGCGCCUGACUGCCUUCAAGGCAAAUAGCUUCUCCGAGGAUAACGAGGUUGAAGUAAUGAUGCCAAAAUUCGUGACUACUACAGACUUUACGCUCAAGGAUGUUCUCAGUGAGAUGGGAAUCCGUGAUCUUUUCAACGAGAACACAGCCAACCUGAGUCGCAUGGCAACGGGUUUGUUCGCCCAGCUCUGCAUUCACUCCACCAAGAUCAUCGUUGACGAGGAGGGCACUACGGCAGGCGCCGUUACGGAAGCAUCGCUGGUGAACAAGGCCACGCCGCCCAAGUUCCAACUAAACAAGCCCUUCCAGUACAUGAUCGUGGAGAAGGAGACCAACCUGUUGCUCUUCGCCGGUCAAGUGCGGAACCCCAAAGCCACUUAGCGAUCUAGGCGAGACUUUAUACGAACACCACACGAAAUAACACAACGUUAUGUUAAGUCAUCUAAAA